AUGGUCCAAAGAGAUGUGAAAAAGCUUGCAGGGAACCUGUUCCUGUCCCUGCAGGGUCUGAGCAGUCGAAGAGAGGCUGGUGUGCAGAGGCUCAGCUGUCACUUCUCAUGGCCUGAGUUCUGCGAUGAACGGCGGCGCUUCCAUCAGGAGUUCGCAUAUGACGUUGCUAUGUUCGCCACGGCCUGUGGCUUCCCCUGGCCCGAUGUGAUCCGUGCAGCCGUGGCCGCCAAAGGCCUCUUCCCGCAGCUGGACGGUCUUGACGUACCCAAACUAUUGGCGUUGCUGAAGGAUGUGCUGUCUGAAUUUUUUCCAAACCUUACCUCUGUCCACCGACACAAGCUCACCCAGUUCCUCACUGACACCUGCGUCACCCGGCGGAGGCUUUUCCAGGCGGUGGUGGGUGGAGCUACGAACAUGCCCAUUGUUCAGCUACACUUGGAGGUGCAGUUGCCACCCACACCCUGUCCUCUAGUGAAGGGCAUGGAUCUGCAUGAGUGGGAGCAUCAGCGACGUCAAGCUGAGCUCACCUCAAUGUUGCGACUGAAGGAGGAGAAGCUGAAGGUGCUCCGACUUGGGUCAAGGGUCACACUGGCGGAGGUUAAUGUUCCUGAUGAUGAUGAUAAUGAACUGGAUAAAGAGGGGGUUUUGGCGUUGGUUCAGGCAGCAGUGAAGGCCACAGAAGGCCAGAUGCUCGCAAGUCUGACCCAAGAGGCCUCCCUGCUCAGCGACAUCCUGCAGCUCAAACUGCAGCAGGCAGCACUGACCACCGGGAGGCUCCACAAUCCCGUUCCUUCCACUACAGGUCACAUCAGCUCGCAUCCAGAUGCACCAGUAAACCCAAAGCCGGACAAAGCAAAACCAAAAACAGGACUGAGGGAAUCUGGAAAUGCAGUGAGCACAGGACGUCAGUGA